UUGAUAUGCCAAACGUCGAGAGCUUAAGGAAUAGGUGUUUAUCUGCAAUUGCAGAAAGAUUUCGAGGGUUUAAGACAAAAUUGACGUCUAGAUAUAUAUUUGGACCAAAAAGUAAUGAAAAUCCAUGUUCCAAAUAUUCAGCAAUUGACGAAGAAACAUGGCGUCAGUUUGUAGAGCUUCGUUCUUCUGAGGCGUGGCAGGAAAAAAGGUCAAAAGCACAGGGAAUAAGCGCUCAGAAUAAAAAUCCACACCUCCUGUCUCGUGGUGGAUAUAGGAAGCUUGAAGAGAAAAUAAUGAAGCAGAAGUCAGAUAGUAGACUUCCACUUUCUGAGGGUGAUGACCCUCUUCCUCCUCCUUCACCACCAUCUCGGCACGACAAGUGGAAGUUAGCCCGUAUGAGACCAUCGGGCUCCUACACUUCGGAGUCUGCCAGAGAAAUAUCUGAACGAAUUGACUCAUUGGUUGAGCAGAGCUCCCAAGGUAGAAGCGGUAAAGGAAGUUGCUCAGCUGCCGGUGCCCCAGGAGACGACAUGGAUGACACUCGUCCAUGUGAGUUAUAUAUUCUCUCUGAUACUGGGACCAUGCUAGUGGCUCGUGGUACAGUGUAUGAGACAGCCACUGUAGUGCAUGGGGUACAGCUUGCAGAAGAUGAGGUCAAGGUCACGGUCGAUGAAGUUGUCAUAGCAGAUGUCGUUCUUCCUGUGCCUACAGAUGAGUUCUUCACUGUGGAAGAAGCAUUUAGGUCCUUUGUCGCCUGGCCUAGACAUUUGGUUGGUCAUGUAUCUAAUCCCCCGCAGAUAGGUCAAGAGGGAAGUCCUAGACCGAAGAAGACUCAUUUAUCUGAGGAUGACCCUCUUGGUGCGUUAGACGACCUUGCUAAACUCAUUUCAGAGGUGCCGAUGAAUAAUAAUAAAAUGAUUCUUAGUUCAAGCAUUAAGAUACAAGAAAAACCUAUUCAAGCUAAGCUCUAUUCCCUUCUGGAGACCGUGCUCAAUGAAACUUCAGCCAAAACUUCUUUCUCGGUGGUAGCUUACGCAUUCCUCCUCUCAUUGCCCUCCAACCAAUUUGUUUUUCUUCAGAGAACUCCAGCCAAAAGAAAAACUUCUGUGUAG